GCAGUCAGUAGUCACGAGCUGGUGAAGUUCCACGCUCAACGGACAGCAAUGUGGCCAGGUCAUCCAGAAUAAUACAAUGUUACAUCUCUUGGUGAUCCUCUCAGGGCUGGGCCCACUGACAUCUGUGGCCCUAAGAUAUGAAAUGUUGUUUCCAAACGUAAUAGUGCCGGAGAAGAUUGGAGCAAGCACUCACCAAGGCCGAUUUUCAGAAACACAAGUCACCUACAAGCUCAAGAUUGGGGACAAAUCCCACACCCUUCUUCUUGAAAAACAGUCAUUUUUAUCACCUAAUUUCAUGAUGUAUUCAUACAGCGAAUUUGGGACACAGAAUAUACUUUCUUCAAAAAAGCUGGAUCACUGCUUUUACCAAGGGCAUAGUAAAGAGUUUCCCAGAUCAUCAGUGACACUAAACAUCUGCUCUGGACUCAGAGGAAUAUUGAUGUUUGAGAAUGUCACUUACAUAAUUGAACCAUUGGCAACUUCAUCUGAUAAUGAACAUAUCAUAUUUCAAGCAAAUACUAGUAAAACUGAUUAUUUGCCUUUACAACAAAAUCAACAUUUGACACAAUAUGCAAGCAAUUUCUACAAGGUUCUGGACAAAUCAGAGAGGCCUGGUUUGGUGACUUCUGUCAUGGUUGCACAUUCCUGCUUUUUUAUAAGCAUAGGAAUAUAGAAGAACAGAACAGAAAAGAGACAUCAGAAGUUGAAUCAUCGGUUACUGGUCAGUUACCUUUUCACAAGGC